AUGAUAAAUUAAUAAGUAAACUUUACAAAAACAGAACCAGUAUAAAAUAAUUAUGAUUAAAUGAGAGGUAGUGUGUAUGUCAAUUAUAGGUCCAUUUUAAUAUUCGCCAUUUACUAUAGACCAUCCAGGAUAACCUGAUGAUGAUAACUCUGUUAAAGACCCAACUGUAAAGACAAUAGAUCGUUUUAAAUUGUGUUUAUCACCCUUCAAUGCUAAUAAUGAGGUUUCCUUCUUAUUUUCAUUACUUAGAUUUCAAAUGAAGGGAUAUCCUUCAUCUAAGAAGGAAGCAGCUUUCAAUUACUGGCAUUCACCUAAAAAAGUCAAGAGACUACUAAAGGUUUUUAAAACAAGAAGAAACUCAAAACCAAAUUUGCAUAACUUCUCAAAGACAAAAUCAAAGUUAAUGAUAAAGUAAAGAAAUAUUCUUAUAUUUUUGACUUGGGAUAAUCAGAUGACAUACCAUCAUGUAUAAUAAUCUCAAUAUUUUGAAAGUUGUCUUGUAACCCACCUCAAAAUUGAGCAAAUAUUGGAGUCUUUUUUACUUAUAGAUAAUGAUAUUUUAGAUUGUUGUCAUUCCUUUAAAUAUAUCACAAAUUUUUGUGGCAUUUUUCAUCCUCAAACUCAUAGAUGUAAUUUUAAACUCUAUUUCAACCUUUGCCAUUAAUGGUGAGAUUGAAACUCGAUUCAUAUCAAUUGUAUAUAAUUACUGUAAAAAAUAAUUGAUGUUUGAUCUAGUAAAUAAUUUAUAUAUUUAACUUCAUAGAUAUUUCUUGCUACCAUUACAUGUUAAUAGAACUGUUGGACUACAAUUGUAAAUCUGCUUAGCACUAUCCCAAGACUAAAUAAAAUUUAAAAGCAAAUAUAAUUGUAAAUAUUUAUGUAUAAAUAAUAGUGAAUAUAAUAUUUUUAAUUCUUUCUCGCUUUUAGUUAUUUUAAUUAUAAAAACGAUAUUACUGGUUCACACUCUUACUUGUUUAUGGUUAUAUAAUCUGCUGCUUGAUAAUUAGGAGGCUUUAUUAUAAUAGUAUUUACAUUCCUUAUACUAUGUAAUCAGCAUCAUGACCUUUAACUCUUUAUUAAUAGAAGUUGAUGAUUAUAACAAUAUAAUUGCUUAUAGUGUCAUUACAUUUAUUUCUCUUAUUUUCUUUGCUUACUUCAUAGCGAAAAUGCUUUCAAUUUUCAAAGAUGAUGUUUUAGAUUCAUAAUUAAGUUAAUUUAUGUAUCAAAACAAUUUAGAUUCAACUCUUAAACAAAAAAUUAUGAGUCAUUUACUUUAUCAACCUAAAUACUUUCAUGAUAUGUUUAUAUCUUAAUUAUCUAGUAAUUUAAAUUAAGAAUAUAAGAUCAGUCAAAGAGCCAAAUUAUUAAAAUAAUAUUUUAAACACUUCAAUUAAACAACAAUAUCUUAAGUUAUUAAUUUUAGUUAAGAAAUUGUAUGUUAACCUAAUUAAACAAUUAUUUAAGAAGGAGUAUUAGAUGAUUGUUCAUUAUAUUUUAUCCUAGAAGGGUCUGUGUGUUUGAAAUCUAGGAAUAAUAUUAAAUUAUAAAUACUUUAAUAAAAUAAUUCAUUUGGUGAGAUUGCCUUUUAUACAUAAAAACCAAGGAAUUUUACUAUCUAAAGUGAAGGGGUUACUAGACUUUUGAAAGUAUAACGUUCAACAUUUUUAUAAUUUUUGAGUUUCAAUGAUAAAGUAAUGUAUAUAAUGAUUAUAUAUUUUAGUAAAUAUUUUAUGAAUAGAGAGACAAAAUAUUAUUUAAUUUAGGAUUGCCAAUAAAAUGUGCAUGCUGUUUAAGUGAAGAUCACAUUAUUACAAGAUGUCCUCUGCUGACAUAUAAACCAAAUAAAAGUUUAAUUUUAAAAAGAUUUAUAUUUCCACAUAAGUAAAUUAGAAAAGAAUGUAUUAUCAAUAUGUAUUAUAAUUAGAUAAAAGAAGAAUCUCAAAAGACAUGCUCGCAUUAAAUUUUUAUUAAUGUGCAUCCUAAUAUGAGGUGCCAUUUUUAAAAUUAUUUUCAGAUUAAUAACAUUUAUAAUCACUUAGCCAAUCUUAAUUACCUUAUGAUGAUAUGGCUAAUCGAGACUCAUAUGUAAGUGCUAGAAGCUUAACAAAAUUUAGUAGAGAUAGAUCUGUUGUUAAAUCAACUUCUUUUAUGAAAUAAUAAUCAGGCUAUGAAUAAUAAUCAAUGCCCAAUUAUACCGAAAAUAUAUUGUAUUCAUAAACAUCAUUAAAAGCUCUAAUUUAGAUUAAGAAAACGAAUUUCAAAUAAUAAAUAAAAGUUAAGAUAAAAAAUAUGAUGAAAUGGCAUCCUUAAUCAGAGCUGAUCAUUAAAAAAGAACAUUUGCUACUGCUGGAUUUGGAUCUUCAAGUUUAGCUGCCUCAAAUAAAGAUUUAAAUUAAAAUCAAAAGUCUUUGAAUAUUAUUUUGGAACAUGAAGAUUCUGAUAGUAUCUCAGAACCAAAAUCAAAAUCAGUAGAAGAAGAAAAUGUUGUAGAUUCUCCAUAAGAGAAAUUUGCAAGAAAGAAUAAUGAUCCUAAAUUAACAUUCAAUUACAACUUUGAAACCUAGAUGAAUGAACUUCAAAAAUAAAAUUAAAACCAUCCUCGAUUGUCUCGUCUAGGAUCUGGUUCCAUUAGAUAAUAAAGUUCAAAGAAUAGUACAUAUAAGUAUCCUGAUGUAAUAAGUUAACGUUAAAAUUCUUCCAGAUCAUAAACUUAUAGUCCAAUCCCUUCUAAUAAUUAAUUAAAAUAAGGAAUGUCAUCUUCUAAAUAGAAUAGAAAGUCUACUUUUUCAUCUCCAUAAAAAUUAAUUUAAUAAGCUCGUUAAGUUGAGAUUACUAAUCUUGAAGAUAGCAGAAGCUAAUAAUAAAGACCUUCAUUUAGAAAGGUCUCUACAAAAACUGGAACAAAGAUUUCAAUUCUUCCCUCUUGUUUCUAACCAUUUAGCAAUGUGGAUGUAUUCAUAUAUAGUUUAUUAAGUUGCCUCUUUAUGCUAAUAGUUCUUUUGGAAUAAAUAAUUUUGAUGCUAUGUGUUCAUUUGAUCACUAUUUGCCUCACAAUAAUUAUGAAAUUACAAUUUAUAAGUAUUAUUUUUUUAAUUUCUACAAGGGCUAAUAAAUUAAGAAACAAUUAAAAAAUUAAUAUUUCAAAGUACUAAACCGACUAUCAUCUAUCCAAUAUGAUUUAUUUAUUAAAAUAAAAAAGAUUGAAAACGAUUAAAACUUUUACAAGUCAAAAGAAAUUAUAGUGA